AUGUGGCUUUGUUUGGUACCCGGUGGACACGAUCGCACUACCGUUCGUACGUGCACGAGAUGCGUAACAGUUCUGGGGCGGUGUACAGAAUCCGCUUCGGUGGCACGGGGUUUACGCAGGCUGUGCGCACCCGGGGAGCUCGUCUUGAACAGAGUACGACGACCGGAGCGGCGCAGUGUGUCGUUUCCGGUGGCAGCAGGAGCAGCAGCUUCUGCUCAUGCCUUGCGCUGUGUCUAUGAACAGAGUGAAGAAUCAAAAAGCUUCGGUCUGAACGCCGUUGAUGAUCGUGUUCUCGGAGCUGUGGAGUCGCUAGGAGGCAGGGUCACCGUCGCAGACGUGGCGGCUCGCACUGGGUUAGGCCUCCCGACCGCACAGCGCUGCCUUGUCGCGCUUGCAAACGUCGCUGGUGGGCACCUAGAAGUAUCGCGUGAUGGCGAGCUCGUAUACGCAUUUCCGUCCAACGUUCGCCGUGUGCUUCUUCAAGAGAGUAUCAUUUUUGCGCUGCGCAAUCGUUGGGAAAAGAUCUCACCGUUCCUGAACUAUCUCGUGCGCAUAUCGUUUGGCAUUUUACUCAUUGCGUCCAUCUUCAUUAUCUACACCAGUAUUGUUGCGAUAUCGAGCUCUGUCCAAAGUCGCGAGGAUGACCGCCGCUCGAGCUAUAAUCGCAGCUACGGUGGGGGUAGUCUCUACGUCUGGAUGGGCCCCAGUCCAUUUGACCUUAUCUUCUACGCAAAUCAUGGAUAUUCGGGACGCAGGCGCGAAGGGGGCAUGUCAUUUCUCGAAAGCAUCUUCUCUUUCCUGUUCGGCGACGGGAACCCGAACGCCGAUCUGGAAACCUACCGCUGGAGGAGGAUCGGAGAAACGAUUCGUCGGCUGGGCGGUGCCGUCACCGCAGAGCAAAUCGCACCGUUGCUCGAUGUCCCUGAACCGCCCGAGUCGCGAGGCGCUGUUUAUGUUGACGAAUCUUUCAUGCUGCCAGUGCUUGAGAGGUUCGGCGGUAGACCCGAAGUAACCGACGACGGCGAUAUUGUGUACGUUUUUCCUGAUUUGCUGAAUACCGUAUCGGGAAGUGGCUCCACGUCCGGUUCAGCGUCAAGUGAGCAGAGCCACUACGACAAGGGCUACAUCGAGGAGCAGGAAUAUGUGUUUUCCAAGGCCUCAUCUGGCCAGAUUCUGGGGGCAGCAGGUCUUGGAGUUCUAAAUCUGCUCGGUGCAGUGACGCUUGGGGAGUAUAUGGCUCAGCUGAGAGCAGUACCGCUUCCGUUUCUGAAGUGGUUGUACCCUCCGCUCUUGGCCUAUGCGCUCGCUUUUCUGAUCAUUCCUGCUGUAAGGUGGUAUCGCCAGCGGAAAGAGAAUGAGCGCAUUCAGCGGCGAAAUCGUGCCCGAAAGGCCUGGUAUCAGCUUUUACAGAAGCGGGACCCGAAUGUACUUCGUAAGCUGGAGAGCGCUCGCUAUUUGCGCUCCAAUCUGAGGAAGAUCCAAGCAGAGGAUAUAACGUACACAACGGCAAAGAGUUUAAUCGAGCAAAACCAGGAGCUUUUGGAUGAUUUCGACAAGAAGUUGCACUAA